AUGUCGUUAUUCCAAGUUGAAGGAUGGAAUUUAAAGAGCGAUAAUGUAGCGCUUGACACUGGCAUUUCGAAGAAGGAAGCCAAAAAAAGUAAAAAGGAAGCAAAAGAAGCAAGAAGACUAGAAAGACAAAAAGAGGACGACAAAACAUCGAAGAAAGAUCAGGCAAUUACAACCAGAGAUGCUGAUGAUAUAACCACAAGAGACGAAAGUGGGGAGAGUAACCUGAAAAAAAGGAAAAUAGAUCUUGAAAAAGAGGAAGACGGCCUGGAGAAUGUAACAGACAUAUUCCCAAUCAGUAAUACACGUUUGUCACCACUACAACAAAAGAUGAUGGCUAAGCUCUCUGGAUCACGGUUCAGGUGGAUCAAUGAGCAGCUCUAUACAAUCAGUUCUGACAACGCCUUGAAACUAAUUAAAGAACAGCCCCUGCUUUUCGAUGAGUAUCAUAAGGGAUUUAAGUCUCAGGUGGAAAGCUGGCCAGAGAAUCCCGUGAAUGUAUUCGUAAAGGAAAUUGAACGCAGGGCCACAGAGAGAAUUGUAAAUGCGCCUGGAGGUCUUCCAGGAUUCUCCAAUAAAAAAGUUGUAAUUGCUGAUAUGGGUUGUGGUGAGGCACAAUUGGCGCUCGAUGUCAACAAAUUCGUAACUCAAUAUAACAGUCAAAGCUUGAAAAGAGGUAAGCAGAACAACAAAAAGAUAAGACGAAAGCAGCUAGAUAUUGAAGUUCGAAGUUUUGAUUUAAAGAAAGUAAACGAUAGAAUUGAAGUGGCAGACAUUAAAAAUGUUCCCAUGCCAAAUGAUUCAUGUACUAUAGUUGUGUUCUGCCUAGCUUUAAUGGGGACAAAUUUUUUGGACUUCAUCAAGGAAGCUUAUAGGAUACUUGCGCCAAGAGGAGAACUUUGGAUAGCAGAAAUAAAAUCAAGGUUUACUGAAUCUAGCAACUCGAAGCAGGUUAAGCCAGAAGAGGUUGGCUCUGAAUUUAUCGAUGCACUCAAGCUCUGUGGCUUUUUCCACAAAGCUACUGAUAAUACCAACAAGAUGUUCACUAGAUUCGAAUUUUUCAAGCCUCCUCAAGACAUCUUAGCAGAGAGGCGUGCCAAACUAGAAAGAAAGAAGAAGUUUAUUGAACAAGAGACUGAAAAGGAGACAUUAGAAAAUAGAAGGUCUCAAAAGCCGGAGGGUGAAUGGCUUUUGAAGCCUUGUAUAUACAAAAGAAGAUAA